AUGCCUGGAUGGAGGACUCAAUGGCAUCUUUUCCUGCUGAAUUCCCUCACCUGUGCCCUGGAGAUCUGUGUGGCAGCUGGGAUCACGUAUGUACCCCCGUUGCUGCUGGAGGCUGGUGUGGAGGAGCGGUACAUGACUAUGGUUCUAGGUAUUGGUCCGGUACUGGGGCUCUUGUUUAUCCCUCUGAUUGGCUCGGCCAGUGAUAACUGCAAUAGCAGCUAUGGAAGAAGGCGCCCUUUCAUCUGGCUGCUAUCUCUGGGAGUCCUCCUGGCACUUUUUAUCAUCCCCUACGCCGACAUCCUUGCUGCACACUUUGCCUGGGGAGGACGCACUUUCCAGGUGGCUUUCCUUAUCCUUGGAGUGGGCCUGCUUGACUUUUGUGGACAAGUUUGCUUCACGCCGUUGGAGGCGCUGUUAUCAGACCUGUAUCGAGAUGGGAAGGACUGUAACCAAGCCUUUGCAAUGUUCUCCUUCAUGGUCAGCUUGGGAGGAUGUGUAGGCUACUUGCUUCCCGCAUUUGACUGGAGCCACAGUCUCCUAUCAGUUUAUCUCGGAGGGCAGGACCAAUGCCUCUUUUUCCUCCUCAUCCUGAUUUUUAUUCCCAGUGUCCUCAUCACUAUGAAGGUUUCCAAAGAACCCUCCAGUGCCAUUGUCGGCUCGGUCGGGGCAGUGUCUCUGCUGGAGUCGGGAGCUGGUGCAAUGGAAGCCACCCAGUGCGGUGUGCCUCGAUCGUGCUGCUACCUGCUGAAGUGCAAAUUUAGGCUGCUGAAAUCCGGACCUUUGCUAUGCGUGCUGAAAACCUGCUGGUCCAUGACCCCUGCCAUUUACAGAAGCUAUUGCCAUGUUCCUAGGGUGAUGUGGCAGCUCUGUGUGGCUCAGCUUUGCAGCUGGAUGGCUGUCAUGUCCUUUAUGCUCUUCUUCACGGUCUUUGUAGCAGAAGGCCUGUAUGGUGGUGACCCCAGUGCAGUACAAGGAAGUGUGGCCAGACACAGAUAUGAUGAAGGCAUCCGUAUGGGAAGUCUGGGUUUGUUCCUGCAGUGUGCUACCUCAACCUUCUUCUCAAUGGUCAUGAGUCGAAUGGUUCAAUGUUUCGGCUCACGCUUGGUGUACCUGUCCAGUAUGGUGAGCUUCACAGCAUUCACUUUGGUCAUCUGCCUUUCAAAAAGUGUGCUCCUCGUAACUAUCAUGGCUGCCCUCACCGGCUACGCCUAUGCUGCGCUGCAGACGUUACCCUACACGCUCACAUGCCAUUACCACAAAGAGAAGAAGGUUUAUAUGCCAAAAAGGAAAACCAAAAUCACACGUAAAAAUGAUUUUACAUCCAAGAGAGACUAUUUGACUUCAUCGGAAGAGGUAGGCUUACUAAACGACAAGGCGGACCCUUCCUCGGGAAAUGUCUUCUUCAGCCAGGAUGCUUACUACCAGAAUGGCUCCACUCACAAUUCCACAGAGUCGGAGGAGCCUCAGUCGGGAUAUGAAGACCGUGGCGUGGGCUUGGACUUUGCCAUUUUAGACAGUACCUUCCUUCUCUCUCAGGUCAUCCCCACACUCCUCAUGGGGACCAUCGUGCAAUUGGCACAGUCGGUCACUGCAUAUAUCGCCUGCUCUGUAAUCUUGGGCAUUGUGGCCAUCUAUUUGGCGAAUCAUAUCGUCUUUGACCGAAAGGACCUUAAAGGAUGUGACUUAGAUGGCCAUCCAACAAUAAGGAUUGUGGAAUAA